UGCUCGACUCGUAACAAGAAGCUCCCUCGCGCCCGACAUCCGUUGUAAGGUCGAAAACUCAAUGAAAUUCAAGUCAUCUUCUUGACCAAAAUUAACGUAAAUUCUACAAGCGUUAAGGGAACGUCAAGAUAUCGCCACACUUCAUACAGCAAGAGUUCAUUUUUGGGGAACUUUGAGUAUUAGGUUUUAUUUUAUUUUUUAUUUAAAAAUAUUUUUAUUUACAGAAGAAAUUACAAUAUUCUAGGCCUCUCUCUUUUCUUCCUCUCUUUCUCUUUCAAAAAAAGUCUGAGCAACUAUUCCCCACAAUAUUUUUCGUUCUCGGACUGCUACACACUUUAUUCGAGGACGGAAAUCUCGCAGUAAAUCGCUUGGACGGCUCGUAUAUGUGAUUGGUUUAACAAGUACCUUUAUUCUUCAGUGAGAGAUCAUGGAGCGCGACUCUACCGAGGGAGGGGCAGAAGAUCUGCUCCUGGAAGACAAAGUUUUAAAACUGCGUGCAGGGUCAAUUCAUAAACAUGAACUAGCUGAGGCCAUGGAAGUGGAACAGGAAGGACUGGUAGAACAUCAGCCUCUGGAGCAGGAUGACCUCAACUUUGAGAAAUGGAAGCCCAAGCCAAAGCCCAAGAGGACACUGCAUGAGAAAAUCGAUGACGUAAAGACAUACCUGUGGAACGCAGAGACUAAGGAGUUUAUGGGUCGCUCAGGGAAGAGUUGGAGCCUUAUUCUGCUCUUCUACUCCGCAUUAUACAUUUUCCUGGCAGCCAUGUUUGCUGGUUGUAUGUGCUGCCUGAUGUGGUCAAUAAGCCCCUAUGCUCCCACCUACAAUGACAGGGUGAUGCCACCAGGUUUGACAAUGUCCCCUCAUGUAGAUGUAGCUCAUGGGUUUGACAUUGCUUUUAACGCCUCUGACCGUAGCUCAUGGAAGAAGUAUGCAAAAUCACUGGAAGCCUAUCUAAAACCCUAUGACGAUGCACUUCAGGAGAGGCGAAACUUUUUUUGCGAAGGAAAUAAAUAUUUCAUGCAGGAUGACUUGGAGGAGAGUGCUGAGCGAAAGGCAUGCCAGUUUAAGAGGUCCUGGCUGGGGGAGUGCUCUGGCCAACAUGAUCGAGAUUUUGGCUACUCAAAAGGAAAACCCUGCAUUCUCCUUAAAAUGAAUCGGAUUCUUGGGUACCUGGCUGGUCAAGGCACUGCAGUAAAUGUUUCAUGUGGAGUAAAGAAAGGGUCAACUGAUAUCCUCGGAGAAGUCGAGUUCUUUCCCAAAAAUAUCUUUAACUUGCAUUACUACCCCUACUAUGGGAAACUGAGACAUGUAAACUACUCUUCACCACUGGUGGCUGUGCGCUUCCCUAGAGUCCAGUAUGACACCCAACUACAUGUUCAAUGCAAACUAAAUGGCAAGGGCAUCAUCAACGAUUCAGCAACUGACCGUUUCUUGGGUAGCGUGUCUUUCACUUUAGAAGUGGGUGCAUAGGAUUGCAUUAGACAUAGAGAAAUUGAUAUUACAAAUUCUCAGAAUAUGUUCUAGUUAAUAAAAUAGACCAGUGUGCUGUCUUUACCCAUUACCCCUCUGAUUAUGUCUCUGGCAACCAAUACAUUAUUAAUGUCAGAGCUGCAUUACUACUAUACACUUCUUUUUCAAACAAGGAAUCUACCAGUAAGUAAAGAUCAAGCUGAAUAUAUGCAGUGCAUUCAUAGAUCACCUUUAGUAAUGUAACAGUGAGUACCCAGCAAACAGAGACUGACAGGGCUGAAAUGCCAUUAUAGGAUACAACGAAAAUAUGAAAAGACAUCAAGAUAUGAAGGUCAAAUAAUAGCUAUUGAGGCAUAAUCACUCAAACUUAGUCUACAGUAAGUAGGCAAAACAAUUCUCCAGAUCAGUAUAGACUUUAGAAUUAACACGAAUUAAAUAUUUUCAAUAAGUUCUUUUGGUAUGUCAGAUGUGUAUAUUACAUUAAUUACAUUUUUUUUAAUGAUUUUUCUCUAAGUUACGGUCUACAUUAAAUUCCCCCUCUUUUGUACAAAUUGACUGCACAAAAAAAACGACAGGAAAGUUUAUUUCUGUCUUCUGCCACGAGCCAGUUAGUAACGUACUAUCAUUUUGGUUGCUCAUUUAAUGGAAUAACAAUCGGAUGAGGUUUAGAAUUAAUGAUUUAUUGUACAUUUUGGACUAAAUGUGUUUUUUCUUCUUCUUUUGGAUGUACAACUAAAUUCUGAUUCCAGAGACAAAUGUAUUUUACUGAAGAGUGGGACAUAAAGCACUUUUCAUCAUUUUCACAGAGAUUCAUAAUUAAAUACAAGUUGAUCCUCUUAAUUAGGCAAUCAUGCAACCAAUACUGUACUUCAUUAAAACUUAAUGAAAUAUUUCAGAGAAUUCAUCUUCUCUAUAGAGUGAAAAUAUCUGUUCAGUUACCUGUAAGAAGGAUUUCAACAGUAUUAUUUAUUAAUUGUAUUUGAAUAUGUUGUCACGGUACAAACAUUUACAGAGUGUAAUGGUGAGAUGGAAAUUGGUAACUGCACAUCUUUGUUACUAAGUAAAUACAAUGCAAUAUCCAAUGGCUGACAAAGAUUUGCUAUCUCAUGUUUUUAAAAACACUCAUGUUCUAGCAUAAACAAUAAAGAUGGAUGAGAAUUAACGGAAUAAACCUUUCUGC